GUAAUGAUGGUUUGUAGUAGACUGCGCUCUUUGAGAACGACCCUUUGCGUUUGUAUCCUGGGCAGCCUCUUCCUAGUGCUGCUCUUUCGAUUAGUAGAACCUCCGCUACAGGAUGACCAUAAAGCCCUCAUUGAGGAGACAAGGAAGUGGCGAGCGGAACUAGAUCUCCUUCAGCAGCAGAGACAAUUAAAUUUGGAAAAGGAAAAGCAGCCGCCUGAACCUAAACCGGAACCAGAAAUGGAUCUAGAGGCUUUAUUGCGCAGUAACGAGGAAGAAAACUGGGCUCAUGGACGGGAGUGUGCCCCAUAUCCUCGCUACGAGAACUUGGAGUUCCAUAGUCCAUACUUUCAGAAGGUGCAACAUGAGAAUAUUACGUACUAUCUCUACGGAGCCUACUACGAUCGCCGUCCCAGGGUGGCCGAAUUGAUGAUCCUGGCCAUGAUAACCACCUGUACAGACUCAUAUCCGCAAAUGUAUUGCCAAAUGUGGUUCGAGGGUGAAACGCAGCCGGAACUAGUGCCAGUGUAUGAAACAAAAUUGGCCUGGUAUCCCCAAUGGGGUCAGGGCGAUGGUGUACCCUUUCCCACACUGCUCACCUUCCAGAUGCAAUCGUCGCGGCAACCGCAGUUGGUGUCCUUGGUCUUUGGCGAUGGCUGUGCAGUGCCGCAGAAUGCAUUGAAGGUAAUCCAGCCGCCAGUGUUGGAGCAGGAGGAGAGAAAGGCCCAGCCGCACCUCCGGACGGGAGUUUGCGUUAAAUAUCUACGCUUCCCCGAUGUGGAUAUAUCCGAGCGACUGGUGGAGUGGCUGGAACUGAUGCGUCUGCUAGGAGCGGGAAGGAUACGGGCCUAUGAUAUUGAUCAGUUGCAUCCGAAUGUCUCGAGGACCCUGGCACACUACACCCGUCCCGAGGAUGGACUCCUGGAGCUGCGUCCCUAUCAAUUGUUGAUGCCCCCGCUGGAGGGGAAACAGGACCUAUUGCGGAUGCUGAACGAGGUGGUGCUCUACAAUGACUGCUUGUACCGGAGCCUCUACGAGUUCGACUAUGUGGCCGUAGUGGAUGUGGAUGAAGUGAUCAUGCCACUGGGUCGCCUUCGCACCUGGCCAGAUCUUCUUGAGGAACUCGAGGCUGCCGAUGUCAACUGUUCGGCUCGUUGUGGCUACUGCUUUAGCAAUGUAUACUUUCCCAAGGAACUGGCACCGGAUCCGAAAAUGGAGUCUUGCUUUUACAUGCUGGCCCAUGUGACCCGGGUGGCUGAGCAUUUGGAUCCGGGACUGGCGACCAAGUGUCUGCACAACACAGCCUAUGCCACGGUGAUGCACAAUCACUUUGCCAUCCAGUGGCGAGAGUCCUGUGGGCCGCAGCACGUCGACGUGGAGGUGGGUCAGAUGCAGCAUUAUCGGCACGUGGAUAUACCAGAGACGCUGGUGAAUCCGCCACCGAAGCUGGACGAUAAUAUAAGGCGUUUCCAAAAGCAGCUCAUCCGAAAUGUUCGGGCUGUGCAUCGCCAGCUGGGCUGGCCAGGAGCCACGUGACCCGGAGGGGAGUAGGUUCUCCUGUAUUUUAAUUGCUUUCUCAGCCGUACUUUCUCUCUUCUAAGAGGCUUAAGUGGGCGGGACUCCCGGGAGUACGCCCAUCCUCCUGGAUUUUAUUGAUAAGCUAUGAAUAUUCCUGGCUAGAUUUAGCCACCAUUAAUUAUAUUUUUUUUCCUACAUGUGUUUAUUUCGAUGAGAGGCGGAGAAUAUUAUACAAUACAUUUACAAGAAAAUUAAGGGAGAUAACAAAAGGAGGUAGCGGAAAAAUCGGAAAUUAUUUAGGACAG